CAGUUUUAGUUCUGGGAAAUCCUAAAGAUUUCGUACUAUUUUGCAAUAUUAGGGAAAAUGCCCGGAUUGGAAAAUCUCAAAUGGUCUGAUUACUUUAAUCGAAACAUGCAAGAAGGAGUUCCUCGAGUGUAUGGAGAUUGGUUCGAUUACACAUUAGAAUGGGCAACAGAACUAAAGAAAAAUCCGACAAACAUAUUUCCGAUAUUUUAUGAAGAUUUGAAGAAGAAUUUUGCAGUAAACGUGAAGAAAUUGGGUGAAUUUCUCUGUGUGGAACGAGAUGCAUCUUUUUAUAAUGAGAUAGAACGUAAAUGUAGUUUUGAAUACAUGAAAAAGAAUAAAGUUGAUGAUUUGGUAGCAAUUGAUCCUAAAGGCCGGUCUACGUUGUAUAGGAAAGGUGAGAUUGGAGACUGGAAAAACUUAUUCACGGUUGCACAAAACAAACAAUUUGACGAACUAUUGCAAAGAAAAAUGUCUGAUUCCGCAAUACGUUUUCAAUUCGAAUAAAACUCUGUAUCUGACAACUUGAAUGCAUAAUUAUAUGUUUGUUUGAUGACAAAUGAUCGUUAAUUGUCCGGGAACAACUCAAAGUACGUCUCAACGGACACCACAUGACAUACCCGAGAGAAACAAUAUUGCGGAAAAUUAUUAUCCUAGUAAUGAAUUGUUAACGAAAGAUGGUUCUGUAACGAGUUACAAUAAAGAACCAGUGAAUAUGGUAAUAACCGAAUGGACAAAACUGAGGACUAAUUAUUUAUCCCGUAGAAUUGUACUAUAGCACGAGAUUAUAUACUGUAGACGAUGGAAAUCUUGCAUAUAUAAAAAAAAAUAAGUAACAUCUAAAGAUUCUAGAGAAGUCUUUCAUUUUUCUCGAAUAUAAUUUUUCAAUCGGGAUACACAUUGCUAUAAUACUCAACAUAUCAAAAGGACGUCAAAAUGGCCAAGUAUGACUGUAUUAAAGCAUGCAUAUUUGUACGUAAACAGCUGUUAAUUGUAUA